CGUCGACAUAUUCAAAACCUAGCCGCGGUGCGUCGUGACGCAUUUUAGGCCUCGUUACCGCAGUUUCCCUCGUUGUGCGACGAAAAGCCGCAGUUACGGAAAACAAACAUUGCAAUCUAUUCCAGUUUAGAGACUUCGAUCUUAUUUACACCCACAUUGUGACUGGAUCACAAGACACGUAUUGUAUCGAACAUAAUCUUAUUUACGGUGAGUUUUAACAUUUUACAUCCAUUUUUCAACUGGGUUAGCUAGCAAGCUAGUUAGCACAACAUCACAACUAACGUUAGCUAGCCAAGUUAGUAAUGAGUUCUCUAACAGCUUGUAACUUUGACCGGUUAACGUUGUCAAUAUAUCUAUCUAUAGUGUAUACAAGAACGACCUAGAUACAUUUGUUGGAUAUCAUCAAAGAUUGUUAUCAUGCCAGAGAGAGUUGGCUAACAGGAGCUAGCUAACUGUUAGCCACCGCUAACAGAUUUGCGGUUCUGACUCACCAGCGACAUUUGCGGAUGUUUAUAACUAGCUAGCAGGCUAAACUGGUCAUAUCUGGUUUUUAUCUUGUGCGACGGGUAACGUUGUUGUGAUCAUUUUCUUGAUUUUGAGGUGGGUAAUUUAGCUAGUUGGCUAAAUACUGUUUUAAUAUAUCAGGCUAGCAGCUAGCUACCUAAUGACGUCUGCCAGGCAGGCCGCAGCGUGAUGAGAGAACACAUUCUGGCGCCUAGCUGGCUUUCAAAGGUAAUCGUUAGCUAAUAAGCCAACUGACCGGUGAGCGCAAUGUUAGAGAUAUCUAGGUAGUUAAACUGUUUCUGAAUGGACUCUUGGUCAUGGCUCUAAAUAUAUAUAUAUAUAUAUAUAUAUAUAUAUAUAUAUAUAUAUAUAUAUAUAUAUAUAUAUAUAUAUAUCUCUAUCAACUGGGGGACUGGCAUGUAGUUCAUGAAGUUGACAUGUGCCGACGGUGGUUAACUACAGUAACUUAGCUGACUAAGAGUAAGCUAGCUAACUAUGUUUUCAUGACAGAGGAAGUAUUGGAGUUAGCGUUAGUUCUGUCUUCUGGAACCUCGCACCACCAGAACUAGUUAACUACACUGCUUCUCUCAAUUCCAGUUCUCAACUAACGUUAAUCAGUUUUGUGUUGCUGUAUCUGUUAUUAUAACUGCCAUAGAAGCCAGGUUAUGCUAAAACCAGUUUAAUAUCUAACAAUAAAAUAAAUUACAGCCCAAUCGGCUGUCUGUUAGUUUCUUAUGGAAAGCUUUUUGUAUGUCAACGUCAUUCACGCGCUGAUAUAAACAAGUUACUGUGUUCAGACAGAGCCAUCUACUGCUCUCUUCUUGGCUACGAGAUUACCUAAAACAUAUGUACUGUGUCACCUUCAUUUGUUCUAUGCCCAAAAAUCAUAUGUAGCCAGCUAUAUCAAGCUAGAUCUUGGUAACUUAGAACACGUACGUGAUUACUGUAAUUGUAUUCUGUUACUGUCAAGUCUGUUUGUCAGUUCUUUCUGUCUGCUGAUAUAAACUUAAGUUUGUCUUUUUGUGUGAUGCUGAGCAGACAUAUGCAGUCCUGCUAGCAGGAGAAGAUGUUCAACAAGUCAUUUGGUGCUCCUUUCGGGGGAGGGACCGGAGGAUUUGGGACUUCAUCCACGUUUGGACAACAAAGUAAGUAACAACAGUGGGUGCAAGUGUACAGUUAGUUUUAAUGUAUGCCCUGACAAAUUGAGUACCUUUAUGGUUUCCCGAUUGUCUCAUCAAUAUCUUCGCCUGAAAUCAAAUCACAUUUUAUGUCACAUGCGCAGAAUAUAACAGGUGUAGAUCUUACCAUGAAAUGUUUAAUUACAAGCCCUUAACCAACAAUGCAGCUCAGCAUUCACUCUCAAAUCAAGUUGAAUUAUUGUGGAUUAUAAGAGAGGUGGUGUUGACCCUGUGUUUGCAGACACUGGCUUUGGGGCGGCGACAGGUGGCUUCGGGGCCUCUGCGUUUGGGGCGACCAACAACACUGGAGGACUCUUUGGGGCGACGCAGAAUAAACCAGGUUUGCCACAUCUCCCUGAUCCUGACUAUAACACAUGUUAAUAACUCAGUACCCGCCUAAUCCUGUCGAAUAUCAGAUCUGUUCUUCUAAUUAACAUCCUGUAGUAUAGGGGCCAUAGCUGCUUUCUUGAAUACUUUUUUCAUUACAAUCUGCUGAGGCCCAAUAGCAGUAUGGUUGCUGCAACUACACUCUGGGUUUAGGACCAGGCCAGUGUUCUCCAUUGCAGUGGUUUAGGGGUUAACUCAGCUGACGGUUCAGGACGACCGUGUUCUUCAUUUGAAUGAAUAGCCACAGAAGAAAGGUGUCUGUGGUAUAAGGUAUUUUGUAUAACUUUUGCAUAACCACAGCAAAGCUACAGAUUUCAUUGUGAAAUUUCCCACUGGCAUUUUAACAACAUCGCUUCGGGAGGAUUUACAUGUGUCAAUAUGAUAGCACUGAUAAAGUACGAUGUUGAACAUGUUUAAGACUAGCUUUUGUACUGUGACGUCUGCCUGAACAGUAAACCUGCAUGAUCACACUGCCACUCGCAGUAGACAGAGAGCUGACUAUGUGCUCUAUACGUUAAUCCAUUAUUCAAUAUACAAUGGUGAGUGUUUUCUGUGCCCACCGUGAUGCUGCUACUGACAUGUGGUGGUUGAAUAUGUGUCUAACCCCACCCUGUAAUGCUUUACUCUCUCAAAAGUGGUGACAGCCAAUCCUCAACAAAUCCACACUGGUGCAGGUAGAGGAGGUAAGCAUGGGCUGCCGCGCGCACACACACGACCCGCUGUUAAACAGGCGGCUGUGCACACACGAAAACGCUGCGCACCCACAGUCCCUGUUAUACUCUUGAAAGGGGUUUCUGUGCAUACAAAGUAUAUUCAAUAUGUAGUAUUUGGUUUGGAGCAAAGCCACAAUCUGCAUUCUGCUCUUAAAGGGAGUGUGAUCAUGUAGACAGGUGGCACUGUGUAUGGACAUAUUGUCUGUUUAUAUAUGUGAGAGUGAGUGGUGUAUUUGUGCUGAGUGAGAGGAAGAAAAAGGAGGUGGGACAAGGGGGAUGAAGGGCUGCAUGUUAAUUGAGACGACCUCUCCUUGUGAUGAGUGAAAUGAUUAGGGGCUCCCAUAAACUAGUUCAUAUGGACCUAAAGGCCCAUCUGACUGGCUUAGUCAGAUCACGGAUGCAUAACUCCAGUUCUAGAGGAUCCUCAGUGAACAUGCAACCAAACCAUUAGCCCGGGUCCUACAAGAAUUUGAGUUAAGCACUCCUAAAGUUGGCCAUAUGGACCUGUGUGUGAGCUGGUUUAAGGUGGUGUGUGUCCCUCCCCAGGUGGCCUGUUUGGUUCCAGUACGUUCAGCCAGCCCGUGACGUCGUCCACCAGUAGCGGCUUUGGGUUUGGCGCGGCCAGCGGCACACCCACUAGCCUGUUCGGCAGCACCAACACGGGCGGCGGCGGAGGACUCUUCUCCCAGCAGAGCAAUGCCUUCGGAGCUGCCAAACCAGCCUCCUUCGGCAGUCAGUGUCUAUUUUUACUGUCUAGCAUUGAUGUUGUUCAAACAGGUUUACCAUAGAAUUAGUAGUACUAACAGGCAUUCCCAUUCAAAGGAAUGUUCCGUGGCCAGUGGGACAGUGGUCAUGUUGGGUGUACUAUAUAGUCCCAGUCGGUAUUCACAUAUUAAAAAGGAAUUCUCCUCGACCACGCCCACAAAUUGGGGGAAACCAACAAUCUUUCCUAUUGCGCCUCAUUGUAAAAGAGGCAACUUCGUCUAGUUUUUGUUAUACAGAAAUAUUGACACAUGCUUAAAAGCUGCUGUGUUGUUCAAUGUACAUGAAGCCAGGCCAAAAAUCCCAGCCUAUGGUUCGCAAUGCUCCCACAUAGGAAAAUGGAGCCUGCGAGAAGAGCUCUGUGGCUUCAGGCUAUUCGGUGUGGGAGAGUGGAAAAUGUGGGGACACAGUGUCCAAGUAGGCUACACGUAGCUAUGUGUGUGGAAAACAUUUCAUCACAGGUAUUAUAUUUAACUUGUUUAGUACAGUUCGUUUUAACUCCACUCACUACUCGUAGCUGUAGAGUCCAUUUGUUUGUGUUGGUUUUGCCUACCUUAAUGUUCCGGUCGGUAGCGAGCUAGCGCUCACUCAAGUGGCUGCUAGCAUCGUCAUGAAAAGGGGCGUGAGGGAAGCCCUACAAUAUUACGCUUUUCUAACGCAAGGGACCAGGCAAUGUUGAAAAGUAAUCUUUAGACAUGUACUUUUCUUAAAUAUAGUUUUGUAAUUGACUAAAAGAGGCAGACAACAAGAAAAUCGCGUUUGAAAAAAGUCAAGUUUUUGCUGUGAGCCCAUGGGGUAACCACAGGUUGUUUUCCCCACAGGCGGGCAGGGUCGCGACGUUCAAUCGAAUACCGACUGGGUCUGUGGCAUGUAAGCUUAGAAUUCUGUGCCUUUCUCAAAGUUCCACACAUGCAACAAUGGCAAAAAGAACUUGUUUAGAAUAUUUUGAUUAUUUUGUGCUGGCACUCCUAUGGCCACUCCAGAGCCUUCUAUUUAGCCUAGAAAAUAGUAGUAGAUAGAGGGCUCUGGUCCGUUGUAGUAAUUGUGACUGCUGGUGUACAAUGAAAUGCAAUAAGAUCAUGAUGUGUAAUACCUUACAUUUAUUUUCUAUGAAUAUUUGUUUCUCUUUUGAUUAGAUGCAUUUGAUGUUGUAUAUUGCUCAUAAUAUUUCAGAAGGAUUUUAGAUCACUCAUGAGGGGCAGGAGUUAUCUUGGUCAGGUCACAUGGUCCUACAUCAUCUUAGAUGUCUGGCUAGAUCGGUAAGAUGUUAUUUUUUUAUACAGCGUUUGGCACGAGCACGGCCAGCAGCGGGGGGCUGUUUGGGGCGACCAACUCCAACCCCUUCGGAGGGGCGUCUGCCUCCCUGUUCGGAGCUUCAGGGUUCACCCAGCAGGCCGCCCAGCCAGGCACCACCGUCAAGUUCAACGUGAGUUUGGCCUGACCUAGGCUAGCCCACUACACCUGGGCUAAACUACUGCAAUAGAACUCUGUCUAGUGUCGUGUACCGAAUUUUAUUUUAUCAGGAAUGAGCUGCAUGUAUGUCAUGCAGCUCUUUACUGUAAUCCUCACGAAAUUCAGAGGUCAGCUUUAUCUGCCAUGUGUACGAGUAAUCAGUUGAUCCUGCUCCAAUAUAGUAGAGGAGUUUUGUAUUCCAAUGAAUGUCCUCUUCUGUUCUCUCAGCCUGCAACAGGAAGUGACACCAUGGUGAAAGGGGGAGUGACCACGAGCAUUAACACCAAGCACCAGUGCAUCACGGCCAUGAAGGAGUAUGAGAACAAAUCACUGGAGGUGGGUCAUUAUUAUUCAUUUACUUUCAGCUGCCCUCUCCCUUUUUUUUAGAUCAGUUAAAAUGGAAGGGAAAGAGGAGAGGAAUCCACUUUAGAUUAUUGAAUCAAAAUCUAAUUAUAUUUGUAACAUGCGCAGAAUACAGCAGGUGUAGACUUUACUGUGAAAUGUUUGCUUACAAGCCCUUACCAACGAUGCAAAAAAAAAAAGAAAGGGUAACGCAACAGGAAUAAAAUACACAACAAUUAAGCUAUAUACAGGGAGUAUUAGUACCAGAUCAAUGUGCAGGGGUGUGAGGUAGAUGUGUACAUGAAGGCAGGAUAAAGUGACUAGGCAUCAGGAUAGAUAAUAAUAGGAGUAAAAUAAAGAACAGAGUAGCCACAGCAUAUGAUGUGUAAAAGUACAGUGGGGAAAAAAAGUAUUUAGUCAGCCACCAAUUGUGCAAGUUCUCCCACUUAAAAAGAUGAGAAAGGCCUGUAAUUUUCAUCAUAGGUACACGUCAACUAUGACAGACAAAAUGAGAGAAAAAAUCCAGAAAAUCACAUUGUAGGAUUUUUUAUGAAUUGUUUUGCAAAUUAUGGUGGAAAAUAAGUAUUUGGUCAAUAACAAAAGUUUCUCAAUACUUUGUUAUAUACCCUUUGUUGGCAAUGACACAGGUCAAACGUUUCCUGUAAGUCUUCACAAGGUUUUCACACACUGUUGCUGGUAUUUUGGCCCAUUCCUCCAUGCAGAUCUCCUCUAGAGCAGUGAUGUUUUGGGGCUGUCGCUGGGCAACACAGACUUUCAACUCCCUCCAAAGAUUUUCUAUGGGGUUGAGAUCUGGAGACUGGCUAGGCCACUCCAGGACCUUGAAAUGCUUCUUACGAAGCCACUCCUUCGUUGCCCGGGCGGUGUGUUUGGGAUCAUUGUCAUGCUGAAAGACCCAGCCACGUUUCAUCUUCAAUGCCCCUGCUGAUGGAGGGUGGUUUUCACUCAAAAUCUCACGAUACAUGGGCCCCAUUCAUUCUUUCCUUUACACGGAUCAGUCGUCCUGGUCCCUUUGCAGAAAAACAGCCCCAAAGCAUGAUGUUUCCACCCCCAUGCUUCACAGUAGGUAUGGUGUUCUUUGGAUGCAACUCAGCAUUCUUUGUCCUCCAAACACGACGAGUUGAGUUUUUACCAAAAAGUUCUAUUUUGGUUUCAUCUGACCAUAUGACAUUCUCCCAAUCCUCUUCUGGAUCAUCCAAAUGCACUCUAGCAAACUUCAGACGGACCUGGACAUGUACUGGCUUAAGCAGGGGGACACGUCUGGCACUGCAGGAUUUGAGUCCCUGGCGGCGUAGUGUGUUACUGAUGGUAGGCUUUGUUACUUUGGUCCCAGCUCUCUGCAGGUCAUUCACUAGGUCCCCCUGUGUGGUUCUGGGAUUUUUGCUCACCGUUCUUGUGAUCAUUUUGACCCCACGGGGUGAGAUCUUGCGUGGAGCCCCAGAUCGAGGGAGAUUAUCAGUGGUCUUGUAUGUCUUCCAUUUCCUAAUAAUUGCUCCCACAGUUGAUUUCUUCAAACCAAGCUGCUUACCUAUUGCAGAUUCAGUCUUCCCAGCCUGGUGCAGGUCUACAAUUUUGUUUCUGGUGUCCUUUGACAGCUCUUUGGUCUUGGCCAUAGUGGAGUUUGGAGUGUGACUGUUUGAGGUUGUGGACAGGUGUCUUUUAUACUGAUAACAAGUUCAAACAGGUGCCAUUAAUACAGGUAACGAGUGGAGGACAGAGGAGCCUCUUAAAGAAGAAGUUACAGGUCUGUGAGAGCCAGAAAUAUUGCUUGUUUGUAGGUGACCAAAUACUUAUUUUCCACCAUAAUUUGCAAAUAAAUUCAUUAAAAAUCCUACAAUGUGAUUUUCAGGAUUUUAUUCCCCUCAAUUUGUCUGUCAUAGUUGACGUGUACCUAUGAUGAAAAUUACAGGCCUCUCAUCUUUUUAAGUGGGAGAACUUGCACAAUUGGUGGCUGACUAAAUACUUUUUUCCCCACUGUAUGUGUUUGUGUUGUCUGUAUGCUUAUGUAGUGAAUGUGUGUUUUUUUUUUUUAGUGUCAGUGUAGGGUGUGUAUUCAUAGUCUUGUGAGUGUGCAUCGAGUCAGUGCAAGAUGUGAUCAGUGCAGAUAGGGUCAAUGCAGCCCAGAUCUCUCUCACCCCCUCUCCCGUGUGGUGUUGUCUCUGUGUAGGAGCUGAGGUUGGAGGACUACCAGGCAGGGAGGAAAGGCCCCACUAACCCCAUGGCUGCACCAACAGGGGGUCUCUUUGGGGCUGCGGCCGCAGCCACCCCCAGUACGGGGGCUGCAGGGCUGUUCGGCUCCUCAGCCACCAACACGGGCUUCUCCUUCGGCCAGGCCAAAACCAACUUCGGCACCAGUAAGUCACACAGGCCCAUAGAUAGAGCUCAAUAGAAAAUGUAAAUACAAUGUAUUAUAUCGGACUGUUUUAACUCCCUGUCCCCAGGUACAGGUGGGUUUGGUGCAGCCACAGGCAGUCUGUUUGGCCAGCAGCAGCAGCCCCAGCAGGCCCAGCAGGCAGCCAGCCUGUUCAAGCCCUUCGGCCAGGCCACAUCCACACCCAACACAGGCUUCUCCUUCGGCAACACCAGCACCAUGGGCCAGCCCCAACAAACCAGCACCAUGGUGCGAGCUCACACUUACAUGUUAAUACACUCACACGCCUAAGAUUAGCUGUGUGUGUGAUGUUGUACCAUUCCAGUAGAGUAACUCUCUCUCUCCAUCCCAGGGGGGUCUGUUUGGCAGCACUGCAGCGUCCCAGGCAGGGGGGUUGUUUGGAAACACAGCUCAGACCACACCAGCCACAGGCUUUGGGACGGGAACCGGGCUCUUCGGACAAACCAACACCGCCUUCGGCAACGUCGGCACACAGGUAUUAAUAGACUCAAAUGCGCAGGCCUUUACACAGUUGUUAGGUACAGGUAUGGUGUGUAUUAAUACGGUCUCUGUCUGUACCCCUGUCCCUAGCAGAGCUUGUUUGGUAAUAAGACAGCAGGGUUUGGCGCCACCACCACUAGCGCCCCGUCGUUUGGCACAGGCACCGGCCUCUUCGGCAACAAACCUGCCCUCACCCUUGGAACAGCCACCAACCCAUCUAACUUCGGUGAGUUGAUAAUCUGCCCUUAUUGGAGUGCACCUGUGUGAUGAAGGCUAGUACUUGCAAGUAAACCAUCUAUAGAUAAUAGUAUUGGCUAUUUAAGUGAUUGUGUUAUCUGUGUGUUGUGUGAAGGUUUUGGACCCACCGCUGCUGGCGGAAGCCUCUUUGGGAACAAGACGGCAGCAGGAGGACUGGGGACCGGACUGGGAGCCGGCUUUGGAGCAGGUAUGAAUGGAACAAGCGCCAUAGGCCUGGAAUACAAUAAUAAAGAAACCCAAAAGUCUGUAUUGUCAGUCAUUAGUAGUCCCUGUGUAUGUUUCUCUAAGUGUGUUCUGUGUUUGUUAGCAGUGGGCACUGGGCAGAUGUCUCUGUUUGGGAAUAACAAGCCACUGGGUUCCACUCUGGGAACAAUGGGAGCGUUCGGACCGCAGGGAUUCAGCACAGGAACCAGCACUCUGGGCUUCGGAGCGCAACAACAGCCCGUCGGUAAAUACCACUUCCGUCGACCACCUCUAUCACCUCUGUCCAGCCUCAAGCUGAUUGUGAAAGCACAUCCCCUAGCCCUUUCCUCUCGUACCUAGUCCUAUUACUCUUUUAGUGUACUGAAGAAACUGGCUGGAUAACAUUACACUGUGGUGGAAACUUCCAGUAGCCCUUGAAGGCUAGGUGAAGCUAUAAUCCUAAUUGUGUUUCUCUUGUCUCUCUCUCUCUCUUCCCAGCGCUGACAGACCCUAACGCGGCGGCGGCCCAGCAGGCAGUGCUGCAGCAGCAGAUCAAUGCUCUGGCCUACUCCCCCUUCGGUGACUCACCCCUCUUCAGAAACCCCCUCUCUGACCCCAAGAAGAAGGAGGAGCGUCUAAAACCCACCAAUCCGGCGGCCCAGAAGGCGUUGACAACGCCCACUCACUACAAGCUGACGCCGCGGCCUGCAACACGUGUGCGGCCCAAAGCUCUAACAUCAUCGGGCUCCUCCAAGUCUCAGCUGUUUGACGGGCUGGAUGACGAUGAGCCUUCUCUCACCAACGGAGCCUUCAUGCCCAGGUAGGUGGCCAUCUGUGGAAAUUUGCUUGUAGCUGAUUUUCUGUUUCAACUGAUUUACUGAUUUUUAUCUGUUUUCUGUUAUGUUUUCCUUAGCGGAUACUACAACUUUUCGAUAGCUUAUAUGAGGUGCAGCUAUUUGCUUCUGUCUGUCUUCAGACAGUGAUGUUGGUGUAUGGUAUCUAAUCUGUGUGUUUCUCUGUGGUGUUGUAAACCAGGAAGAGCAUUAAGAAGCUGGUGCUGAAGAACCUGAAUGGCAGCAGCCUGUACAGCAGCCCAAUCAACAGAGACACAGAUGACCUGGCCUCUCCACCGGAGUACCCCCUCAACGGACUCAGGUCAGACACGCACACACACACUGUCAAUGAUAUUUCUAAUAUUUAUCUGUGUGAUGUUGGUUGCUGAACCAUGUCUCUCUCCUGUCUCUCCCCUACAGUGCCAGUGUGGACGAGGAUGAUUAUGUGAGGGAGGUGGUGGAGGGAGGGGCCGAGGAUGACCUGGAGAUCAACAAGUUCUACACCAAUCCCAUAACCAAGCCCAGCCUGCAGGACACCAUCUCAGAGCUCAACGCCCAUAGGGUAGGGGCCAGGGGCAGGAAUGGCCUGGAGGUGAGCUGAUUGAACAAAAGAGUAGACAGACAAUGAAUAUGGUGGUCUUUAAUGACACCCAAUUCCCCUAUAAGGCCACUUCUUUUGGCCACACUUCUCAUAUAGUGCACUACUUUUGAGGUUUGUGACAUGAGUUUUCUGAUUCCAGGUGAGCAGCGAGGACAUAUCACUGGGAGAGGACUCCAUACAGGAGGAGCGAGAGGAGGAGGUGCAGGAGGUGCCCCCCCACCCUGCAGGUAUCGUUCUGGGCCGUGUGGGCUACUAUACCAUCCCUGCCAUGGAUGAGCUGGCCAAGAUGGUGGACGAGAACGGUGUGUGUGUGGUGGAGAACUUCACCGUGGGCAGAAAAGGUAAACGACUCUCUUGAUUGGUCGGGUGGAAACAGCUCUGGGAAAGUAAUUGGUCGGUAGCUCACUGCUCUGCUGUCUGAUUGGCUCUCAGGUUACGGCUCAGUGUUUUUCCAUGGUGAGGUGAACGUGACAGGGCUGAACCUGGAUGAGAUUGUUCACUUCAGACGUAAAGAGGUCAUCGUCUACCCCGACGACAAGAACAAGCCCGCUGAGGGGGAGGGGCUCAACAGGUCAGUGACAGGAUGGGACAGAGGGACACAGCUCCACCGGGCCAGGGAAACUUAGUCCCCUUCACACUGGGGACAAUGUCGUUAUAAUUUUCCUUGUAAUGCCAUCAUCACAGACGUCAUAAACUGAUUUCACAUAUAUUCUGAUAGUGAUCACAGCUGAAGCUAACUCAAGUUAAUAUUCUCUUUCUUUCUCAUCCUUUACCUCUCACCUCUUUACUACCCCAUGUUAUUUUCUCCCUCCCCUCUUUUCCCUCACUCCUCUCCUCUCCCAGACGAGCUGAGGUGACUCUGGAUGGGGUGUGGCCUAAUGAUAAGACCACCUGUACUCAGGUAAAGAGCCCUGAGCGUCUGUCUGAGAUGAACUACGAGGGCCGCCUGGAGAACGCUUCACGCAAACAGGGCGCCCGCUUCCUCGAGUACCGCCCCGAGACCGGCUCCUGGGUGUUUGAGGUAAUUAUGCCUAGACACAUGCAAAAGGUGUGUGUGUGUCCAUAUCUCCUUUCCAAUGUCUGUAACUCAUCUCUCUCUGUGUCUGCAGGUGGCCCACUUCUCUAAAUACGGCCUGCAGGACUCUGACGAGGAUGAGGAAGUUCCUCUUAAAGUGGACCCCAAGAAGCUGAAGACGGCCACAACACUUCCCCCAGGGCUGCAGCAGCUUCCUCUCACCCAGCAGCAGGCUCAGGUAGACGGAGCAGCUCAGCGCGCCCACCCACACUGACAAUCAGACCCACUGCUCUCUACAUCACCUGGAUGACCUUAGUCAAUAUACAACAUAAAUAUACAUAAUGAUCUGAACAGAAGCAGUGUUUCCUUUCCACUACUUUCCAUUACUGCCACAUGCAGUGUGUGGGGUCCUCUGCCUAGAUCUCUGCUGUUUCACCACUUCUAUUAUAGGUUGUAUUCAAUAGGUUUCUAUGGAAAAGGUUUUAAGGUUGGUAGCCCUGGAUACAGAUGGUCUUGGUGAUCUCUGCACCCCAAUAAGGCUAUUAAACAUUGAUCGGAGACAUUGAUCUGACAUCAGUUGGAUGGGCUGUAGAGUAUAGCGACUCAUCAGAUGGGACACACCACAUGAUCUAUUUAUCAGUGGAGGUGUGGGAAAGGCUGGGUUCUCCUCUACCAGGUUCACCUGUACCUGAGCUGGUGGAGGCCACAACCCAACAAUCGCAGACAGGAGGUGGGCAGGGUAGUUUGUCAGAAGUCUGUCAGUCUGGUUUAGUGGUUAUGUUCUGCCCCUCACAACUGAUUCAGGAUCAUCAACUUAAUCUGUGCUCUAAAUCUCAACUAUCACGUAGAGACAUACAAAUUGUAUCCACAAGUUCAUCUGACUCUGGGGAAGUAGAUAAAGGGCCUCACUGCCAAAAUCCCAAAGUAUCCCUUUAAUUAAGGGCUGUGUUAAAUCCUUUUUUAGAUAAGAAAAUCAAACCUGCAAUCUGCAGUUCGAACAAUAACAAAGCGUUAUUGGUAAACAGCUGAGGGAUGGGGAGGGAGAAAUGAUACCACUUUCAAACUCAUGGACAGAGUUAUGGAUACAGGGACUGACCAUCUAUGAUAUUGAAAUUGUAGUUUUAACCAUGUUUUGAGGCUAUACAGUUUUUGUUUACAUUGUUUUCAAACAAAGGAGUAACACAAGCUUAUAUUUUGGGUAGUGAUGGUGGAUGACAGUUGAACUAUGCUCAUGAGGCAUAGUUCAACUGUCAUUCACUAUGUUCUAUUUUUCAAGAAUCAAUGGGUAUAUAUCAUUAAUUUAAAAGUCAAAAAAUGGAUGUACCAACUGCAGAUUGCCCCUUUACGGAAAUGUUUGAAGUGAAGUCUUAACUCAGAAGUAGAGUUUGUUUGUAAGAUUUUAAGAUUUCUUAAAUGAAAUCUAUAUUAUAUUGUGAAAUGUUUGUAUUUUGACAACUGUUCCUCCCAUAGUUACGUGUUUUAAAAUCAUACAAUUUGACUGGGUAAUACUGAUUAUGGUAACUUCAGAAAACCUCACAUUACCGUGGGUUGUAUCUCAUAAAAAUCGAGACAAUGCAUUUUUGAUUAUUUGUUGGUAUGAAUAUUAGUUUCUCUUUGAAACAAGCUUUGAGAUGAUGACCAAAGAUGAUGAGUGAUGUGCGGUAACCUGCAGUUCUUGGGAAACUGCCAGUCCUGCAGAAUAUAUUCAGGGUUAGGUUUUCUUUCUGGUUGAGGGUUUAAGAAACGACAACAUAUCUACUCUUGGGGUAUUACUGAGUCAAGCUACGAAUUAUCUUAUUAUGUAAAACAUGCUCCUGUAUACAUCUGUGAUAUCUUGUAUUUGAUCUGAUAAAGCUAAGAAAUAAACAGAUUAAAGAUGACCCAUUUUGCUGGUCUGUCCGACUUGUGUAUGUAGAGAAUAGGAGAUAAGGAAAGCGUCUUCCUUGAGAGUGAUGUCCACCAUAUGUGGUCUUCUAGUCUACACACCUGUACCGUCUGCUCUGCUCAGACCAGUAGAGCUCACUGACCUGGAACCAACUGCUCUGAAAACAUACUGACAAUUUUCAUUUAUUUACUUAACCUGAUUACACUAAACUGAUUUUGUCUGUAUGUGUGUCUCUUUUUGGUGUGUGUCACCUUACUGUGUGUUUGGUUGCACUUUCCCUGUUGUGUGUGUAUCCUGUGUCCAUCCGCUCUGUGUAUGUCCAGUCCACGGCGGUGCUGGAGCUGCUGAGUCGCAUGUCUGAGGUUGACAGUGACAUGGCCGACAUUACCCAGGAUGCCCCAGGGGAGAGCAUGUUGGGGGAGGAGGAGGGGGAGAGUGGCAUGGGGGAGGAGAAGGGCAGUCGGCUGGGGACUGUGACCCCCACAGAACACAACCCUGUCUCCGCAUCCAGUCAGAUUGCCUCUUCGCUGGGUAUCAACCCUCACACUCUACAGGUAAGAUACUACUGUACACCCUCACACUCCACCUGUUUGUUGAGGCUAAUGGUGUGUGUCCUCACUCACAUCAUGAAGGCAGAAUGUGUUUGAUGUGUGUUUCUCUUCUCUCAGAUCAUGAAGGCAUCUCUGUUUGCUGAGGAUGAUGGUGACAUGUUCCAGGAGCAGGGAGGGAUGAAUAGCUCUCUAGACAGGGCCUCCCCUCGCAUCCUCCUGCCUGGCACGCAGGGCAGGCCCUCCAGUAAGUGUGUCACACACAUAGACCCUAACAUGUCUUAAAUGCUAAUAUAGCAGUCCUCCUGAAUGAAGCUUUUACUGUUAUUGGAUGAAUUAGAGGUGGUUUACUUAGAUUGUACUCUAUCUUUCAGUUUGAUUUUGCUCAUCGAUCUCUCUCGCUCUCUUUCUCUCUCCAGUCGGUGGUCUCCUGCAGACUCGUUUCAGCGGUGCAGGUCUCUUCCCUCAGCUCCCUGACGUUCCCUUUGGAGGGGGCCUUUCUGGGAGGCUGUCCAUGUCUCGGGCGUCCGCGGUGGUUCAUGAGCCCUCGCGGCUCUCCCCCUGGCCCUCGCUGGGUCCAGCCUUCCUGCUGCCUGCCCCAGCGGCAGAGGCCACUGUACGGACGGUGGGGGCUCGACGCCUGGGGGGCCCUGUGGCCCCAGAGAACUCAGUCACACUGGGGAAGGUAAUGAUAACUAUACUUCUACUAGUAAUAAUUUGUAUUUGUCAGGUGUUUUUCUAGACACUUCAUCCUACAUCAUGAUACAUUUAUGAUAGUUAAGAGUUUAAAUAUCAGACGGGACAGUAGACUGAUCACACAAGGAUACAUACAGUACAGAGGUACAUGGAGCAAAACAAUGGAGUUUCACAUUGAGAACAUGGAGAUUUGUUGGAUCAUCUUGUUGGAUUCCACUGUGUGGUUUUCGUAUGUGUGAAUAUGGCUGUACAGUACGGGGAGUUUAAAAUAAUCUAGUCCAUGUAAUCAACACAUUCCCUCCACCCAGGGCCGUCUGCUGAUGGAUGCAGCUCUGUUCACGGGCCGGUCGUUCCGGGUGGGGUGGGGUCCAGGCUGGACUCUGGUCCACUGUGGGGACAGGCUGAGUGGGGCUGGGGACAAGGAGCAGGACCAGGGAGACACAGGAGCUGGAGGUUUUGGAUUCCUGCCUAAACCUGCCAAGAGCAAACAGUGAGUAACAGACAAACACCAGACCACUGUCAUCUACACAAUGCUGUAGGAGUGUCAGAAUGGGAUCCAGACUUACUGUAUCAGAGCAGUGCUUGAGCUUGUUAUGGGUGAUAGAAACUCAACCGUAAACUCCCCUCUUUCCCCUCCCCCUACAGACUCUCAGACAGUCCGUUCAAGGUGGUGAUCGAGCAGGUGGUUGGUCUGGAGCCGCGGGACAGUGAGGAAAGCCAGGCGGUGUACCAGCGGCCCCUGGAGAUCAGCCUGAAGCACAGCACAAUCAGUACAGAGGGGGCCUGCCCCUUCAUCCAGCCCCAGAAUGGGGUGGCCGCCCUGCACGAGUACGUAGAGUGGAUCACUGACCUCAACCAGGAGGCUGGCGCCGGAGACGGUAAGGGAUGCAUCACUCUCAUACACACACACACACACACAAACACAAUGGUAGAUGGCUCACACUUUAUUGGUCCAAUUCCAAAACGUCCCUAUGAUUCUAACAUCACCCCUGCUACCGCUCUGUUUUAAUCCUCUCUCCCAUUGCUGUCUCAAUGAGUUCAGAUAUAACUAUAUGCUUGCUAAUGCUAUCCUCUCUAUCUCUCCCCCCCCCCGUAGCAGUCCUGGGUCACUGGGCUCUGGUGUGGACUCUGUGUGAGGCCCUGUGGGGUCGGCUGGGUUCGACAGAGCCUGGUUCCAGCGGCUACCUGCAGCAGCUGGAGAGGAGGAGGAGCUUUUCAGCCUGGCUGUCCCACAGCGCCACCCAGACGAUCGAGCAGGAGGUGGGCCUGAGCCAGGGGGGAGGACACGUAGAGGCUAUCUUCAGCUACCUCACCGGACACCGCAUCAGUGACGCCUGCAGGCUGGCUCAGAAGAGUGGUGAGGAGAGGGGGGAUUGGAGGGUUGAGAGAGGCGGGGGAGAUCGGAGUUUGAGAGGAAGUGGGACAGAGAUCAGGAACAAAAGGGAAUGGAUGGAUGGAGGGGUGGGAAGGUAAAGCCUGCUGCAGACCUGGGGCCUCAUUUAUAAAUGUUGCAUACGCACAGAAUAUACUCCAAAACAUGCGUGCGCCAGUUUUCACGCAAACAUUUGCAUUUCUAAUAACUGAACUAGAAGUGAGAAUGUGCUUAUCCUCCCACAAACUUUAGACCAUGCAUACGUACAGUUUCUAGUGGUUGAAGUAUUGCAUUGCAAGAAGGCAAAAGUAGCCCAGUAGCCUUGUGCAAAUGGGGAAUAUAUGAUUACUUAUUCAUUUGCUGUUAGUGAGAAUAGCCCAAAUCUAUUUAUCUUUGCAUUCUAAAAUAAUUAGAGAUCUAUUUCCUAUUUAUUUCAUUUCCAUGAUCAUUGCAGAAUAAAUUCCUCAGCUUUUCCGACUGUGAUGGUUUCAUACUCGUGAAAUGGCCUAUAGGCGUACAACAAGUUAGGAUAGGCUAACAUUCGUCCCAUCUCUCAUUUAAUUGUACCCACUUCACAAUAGUAAAUAGAUAAGCUACAACUAUUUAAAAUAUUUUGCUGUAUGCGAUCCGAUUUGAAGCGCAGUUCAACGGUAGAACAGACGGUUCACCUUUUUCCGUUGACGUUUGUAGGCUACGUCUGAAUACUGUGAUGUCAAAUUUCUCCAGUAGCCUAGACAAUAUUUCAUUUAUAAACAAUACAUAUAUUAUAACCAUUUCCACCUUUUCUGGCCGUGAUGAGUUCAUAUUCCCGAAGAAGCCAUACAACAAAUUACAAUGCACAUCUCUCAUUUAAUUGGGCCUAUUAGAUAGGCUAUUAUAAUUUCACGUUUUUGCUCUAUGCAUCCUAAAAGGAGCCCGGUUUAUAACAUACAGGUGAACAGACAGUUGAUCUUUUGCAUUGAAGUGUGUAGGCUACCACUGUAAGUAGGCCUACUGUAGUAAAGAAAAAAGAAUUUGCAGGCAGUGCAGCAUAUUUGGGUUUGAGAGAAAGUAAAUACAAAACAUUGAAUUUACAUCUGUUUACAGGUCCACAACAAUUUGCAAUUGUUUUUGUGUUUCAGAAACUGUCACAUACAGCAAAUGUCACACAAGAAAAAUAAUCGGCCAACACCUCCAAAGAGAUUUGAUCAAGGUCGCCAUUGAUAGUUCCUUUAGAUAUACUGUCUUGGCCUAAUUCCAAUACCUCCAAAGAAUACAGCAAAUAAGGUUGUUGUCGUCACCAUAAAAGGUGAAUGAUGGGCAUUAUUCAAGCGGAGUUAUAAUGCUCAUUCACAGGUCUGAUUUAUAACGGGAAACAUGCAAAUGGAUGGCAUGCGCCAACUUUAGAAAUCUCAAUAUUUUUGUGCGUGUGCAGUCUUCAGAAAUGCCGCACGCAGAUAUUUAGUGUAAAAUCUACUCAACGGUUAUAAAUAUGGCCAUAGGGCCAUCUCACAAAUGAGUUGGGCCAGGCUGUAGGAUCUCAUUAAGAUGUCUUUAACCUGUGUGUGUAGGGGACCACCGUCUCUCCCUGCUGCUGUCCCAGACGGUGGGCUCUCAGUAUGGCCGGGAGCUGCUGGCGCUGCAGCUUGGAGACUGGAACAGAAUGCAGACAGACUCCUUCCUGCAGGAGGAGAGGCUACGCAUCUUCGCCCUGCUCGCCGGGAAACCUGUAAGUAACCCUGUGUGUGUGUGUGCGCGUGCAGCUGUUGCCGUCCGUUGUGUUCAGACUGCUAUUAACUGGAUUGUCCUUUGUGUGCUAUGUUGAGGUGUGUGUGUGUGUAGGUUUUGCAAUCCACAUAUUUGUUGUAAUAUACAUUAGUGCUAAAUGUUUUCUGAGCUGUAUGUGCUUGUCUCUCUAGUUGUGGCAGUCUACAGACUGUGUAGUGAACGUGUGUUCAGAGCUGGACUGGAAGCGUUGUUUGGCGGUCCAUCUGUGGUACAUGCUGCCUCCCACAGCCUCCAUCGCUGACGCCCUGGCUAAGUACGAAGCCGCCUUCCAGGGCUCUGCAGAGGGUCAGAAGUACGCCUGCGCCCCCCUGCCCCCCUACCUCGACCAAUCAGACCCGCUGGACAUGGAGGAGGAAGAAGAGUCUAAACGGCCGCUCUACGACAUCUGCUUCCACCUGCUCAAACUCUACAGUGACAGGUACUACACUACCCACAACACACUGCAUAGGUUUAUCAACAUAUAUUAUUUUGCUUUACUAAGGGGUGGAGUGGGGCUACAGUUUCUCUGAUUAGAAUGAAUCCUACAUUUCCAUUCUCAAGCAGAAUAAAAAUGAAGUACCGCUAGAGUGGGGUUUAAAUUAUGUAACACCUCUCCCUCCCAGGCGUUACAGCCUGCAGCAGUUGUUGGACCCCCUGACGGUGACGUGGGAGCGUCUGGACUACCGUCUGAGCUGGCACCUGUGGUCGGUCCUGCAGGCGCUGCACUACACACACCUCAGCCCCGCCCGACAGGGCCUCAUACACACCAGCUACGCUGCCCAGCUGGAGAGCGCUGGCCUCUGGGACAUGGCCAUCUACGUACUGCUGCACAUACCUGAGGACGUGUACGUACCGCAACACACACACCUUACAACAUACACACACACAACGAGAGACUUCACACACUCAACUUUAACAUCAAUCAUGACGACGGUUAAAUUGAUGAGUCACAGGAGGAUUUGAGGGUCAGUGCCCUCAGCAGAUGCCCUGGAUGGACAGACAGGCUGAUCACGGUUGAUCAUAAUCUCACAUGAUAAACCGCUACUGUGACCAGCUGGGUUCCAAUUCCAACCCUGAAUCGUCUGUGCAAUGUAUUGGCCCUCUUUGCUCGGGGAGCUAACGGACGUAAACGUCUCAGGCAAGCUUACACAUUACGUGAGCUAGCCCUGUUGGAAUACUUAGAACAUGUAAAGUCGUAUAAAGUUAAACCUGCUAACAUGUCCUUCUCUCUCCAGGCUCCGUGAGCGUGCAGUGAGGGAGAUGCUGCAGCUGCACUGCCCCUUGCUGGAGACAGAGGAGUCUGCCCAGAAAGAGCGCUUCCUCACAGAGAGACUACUGAUCCCAGAACAGUGGCUCCACCUGGCCAAAGCUACUAGAGCCAGAAGAGAGACGGACAGACACAAAGAGGCCCUGCACCUGUACAGAGCAGGCCACUGGAACCUCUGCCACAGGCUGGUCAUACAGCACCUGGCCUCAGGUGUGUAUAUGCACGUACACACACACACACAAACUCUAACCCUAUUCCCCUGUAUGUACAGUUGAAGUCGGAAGUUUACGUACACCUUAGCCAAAUACAUUUAAACUCACAUUUAAAUUCCUGACAUUUAAUCCUAGUAAGAAUUCCCUGUCUUAGGUUAGUUAGGAUCACCACUUUCUUUUAAGAAUGUGACAUGUCAGAAUAAUAGUAGGGAGAAUGAUUUAUUUCAGCUUUUAUUUCUUUUAUCACAUUCCCAGUAGGUCAGAAGUUUACAUACACUCAAUUAGUAUUUGGUAGCAUUGCCUUUAAAUUGUUUAACUUGGGUCAAACGUUUCGGGUAGCCUUCCACAAGCUUCCCACAAUCAUUUGGGUGAAUUCUGGCCCAUUCCUCCUGACAGAGCUGGUGUAACUGAGUCAGGUUUGUAGGCCUCCUUGCUCGCACACGCUUUUUCAGGUCUGGCCACAUUGUUUAUAGGAUUGAGGUCAGGGCUUUGUGAUGGCCACUCCAACACCUUGAUAUUGUUGUCCUUAAGCCAUUUUGCCACAACUUUGGAAGUAUGCUUGGGGUCAUUGUCCAUUUGGAAGACGCAUUUGCGACCAAGCUUUAACUUCCUGACUGAUGUCUUGAGAUGUUGCUUCAAUAUAUCCACAUAAUUUUCCUUCCUCAUGAUGUCAUCUAUUUUGUGAAGUGCACCAGUCCCUCCUGUAGCAAAGCACCCCCACAGCAUGAUGCUGCCACCCCUGUGCUUCACGGUUGGGAUGGUGUUCUUCGGCUUGCAAGCAACCCCCUUUUUCCUCCAAGCAUAACGAUGGUUAAUAUGGCCAAACAGUUCUAUUUUUGUUUCAUCAGACCAGAGGACAUUUCUCCAAAAAGUAAGAUCUUUGGCCCCAUGUGCAGUUGCAAAUCGUAGUCUGGCUUUUUUAUGGCGGUUUUGGAGCAGUGGCUUCUACCUUGCUGAGCAGCCUUUCAGGUUAUGUCGAUAUAGGACUUGUUUUACUGUGGAUAUAGAUACUUUUGUACCUGUUUCUUUCAGCAUCUUCACAAGGUCCUUUGCUGCUGUUCUGGGAUUGAUUUGCACUUAUCGCACCAAAGUACGUUCAUCUCUAGGAGACAGAACGCGUCUCCUUCCAGAGCGGUAUGACGGCUGCGUGGUCCCAUGGUAUUUAUACUUGCGUACUAUUGUUUGUACAGAUGAACGUGGUACCUUCAGGCGUUUGGAAAUUGCUCCCAAGGAUGAACCAGACUUGUGGAGGUCUACACAUUUUUUUUUUUUCUGAGGUCUUGGCUAAUUUUUUUAGAUUGUCCCAUGAUUUCAAGCAAAGAGGCACUGAGUUUGAAGGUAGGCCUUGAAAUACAUCCACAGGUACACCUCCAAUUGACACAAAUGAUGUCAAUUAGUAUAUCAGAAGCUUCUAAAGCCAUGACAUCAUUUUCUGGAAUUUUCCAAGCUGUUUAAAGGCACAGUCAACUUAGUGUAUAUAAACUUCUGACCCACUGGAAUUGUGAUCCAGUGAAUUAUAAAUGAAAUAAUCUGUAAACAAUUGUUGGAAAAAUUACUUGUCAUGCACAAAGUAGAUGUCCUAACCAACUUGCCAAAACUAUAGUUUGUUAACAAGAAAUGUGUGGAGUGGUUGAAAAACGAGUUUUAAGGACUCCAACCUAAGUGUUUGUAAACUUCCGACUUCAACUGUAUGUUUCCCCUGUAGACUGUAUCAUUAAUGAUAACCAUGAGUACCUGUUGGAGUUCCUGGACGGGCUGGCUAUUCCUGAGCGCAGUGCUGUGAUCCAGGACUGGGACACGGCAGGCAGAGUCUACCUGGACUACAUCAGAGUCAUACAGACCUUAAACGCCAUACAACAGGUAUGUCUGUCUGGCAUUAUGUUGACUCCAUUACAGUUGAUUAUGAUAGAUAAUUAGCUAUGCUGCUAAUGUCCUGAUUUAUCUGUCGUCUCGGUCAUAUACCGAUGGACAAUGGUGGCUAUGGGCUGGAACACAUUGAGGCUGUACUGGUUUUUUAAUGGAAGGAUGUGAUUCUGUGGGUGCGUGCGUUGGCGCUGCACGGAUAGAAAGUGCUGGAAUGCUUCAUAUUGAUGCAUGAUGUUUGUAUGUAAUGGGUCUGUCUGUCGGUCUUGCUCUCGGUCUCUCUCCGUGUGUGUUCAGAUGGAUAGUGCUGGUUAUAAGCUGGAGCGUCUACACACUGAGGUGACAUCACUCUGCAGCAGGAUAGAGCUCCUCCCCUGCUCCACCGCCAAGGACCGCCUUGCCCAAUCAGGUGAGGAGAUGGAGCGGUCUGCUCCAAUCAGAGGAUAGCUGAUCUUUCCUAGGACAGAGCGUGAUACAUAAUGUUCAUUUAAAUAUUCUGUGUUGUCCUGUCUGACCUAGACCUAGUUUCUAGACCUGAGUGGAACUCUGGUCUAGUCUUAUAACAUAUACCCACCUUACCAGAUAUGUGUCGGCCUGUGCCUGUUUGGCGUCAGUUUUCCCACGUCCGAGCCUGUAUCUGCAAUCAGUAGACAGUUCUGAUUAGGAAGUAAUUGUUUGCGGUGCCCAAGAAUGAAUUCAAUACAAAUCAAAACCAAACAUGGAUUCCAUGUUGUGUUCUUGCUUGGUGCGCACACACCUGUCUGUUUUUACACCUGUUUGUCCUAGCUAAUCAGCUUCGCAAUAUGGGCACCAUGCUGCCACAGACAGGAAGUAGAAUGGAGCGUGUGGGCGCAAACAUUGACAUUGACAUUCUUUCCUGGGCACCGCUCGGAGACACAAACGACGCAUUAUUUAUCCGAACAGUCCACCAACCACGGAUAUACCCUCCGAAGUGUGAAAAGUGUUGGUAAAUAAGUUGCAUGUGGGCUACUGUUAUACUGCUAGACUGAGAUACAAUCUCGGUCUAGAGAACCUGGGCUAUAGGUGUGUGUGUGUUCCUAGACCUACCUAAACCUCUCCUCUCUCCUGUCUCCAGAGAUGGCCAAGCGCGUGGCUAACAUCCUGCGUGUGGUGUUGAGUCUGCAGCAGGGUGGUGAGGGUGGGGAGAUCCCCUUGUCCCAGCUAGCGCCCCACAUCGGCCGUCUGCCCAUGCCUGAGGACUAUGCCCUCGAGGAGCUCCGCAGCCUCACCCAAUCAUACCUGAGACAGCUCAUCGUCAGCUAAUGAUCUGCCCCCAAACCCUCAGCCCCCCGCCCAAUAGGAACUGAGGUAGUUUGUUGGAUUCCAGUGAGAACAGUGGGGGUAGGAGGGGACUAUCUGGCACUGUUUAGUAGGACUACUGGGGUUGAUUGAGAUGGGAGGGGAAGUUUGGUUGAGAAGGCAGCGAUGGACUUGCAGCGUAUCCCAUGCUCCUUUGGGGCUUUGGUUUCUCCUGAAGAAAAUGGCACAAGAUUAUUGGAUGAAGCAUUCCUCAGUGUGUGUGUUUGGAAAUGAAUGACUUGCAAGUUUUUGUGUUCUUUCAUUAUUAUGUUGUUGUAUAGCUUUUUUGUACUUAGGAGGCCUGAGACGUGUGUUUGUGUAUGAUGUGCAUUUAAAUAUUGAACUGCUGAACCCUCCUGAUAAGAGCUCUCUUCUCCCAACCUUUGACCCUGUUUAAAGGGACACUCAUUGGCUGGUGUGUUAACGCCGUCAUCCUGCAAUCAUCUGUUUCCAGUAUAAAUGCUGUAUGCAAACUACAUGUUUGUUUGACUCUUACAUCCCCAUGGAAACGUAAAGGUCAUUAUAGUAAAGAUUGUUUACCAGGAUUUUGUUAGUGAGCGGUAUCGCACACACCAGAUGAACUGUCUGUGUAUACAUAGGGAAGAUCUAUCUAGCUUAAAAUGGAGACUCAUUUUAGUGAUGUAAUCUUGUACAAACAUCCGGCUUGAAGUGAACAACUCUUGUUUUUGCAUACCAAAAUAGAAAACGUGUAAAAUGAGAUUGGAUAAACUUCUAUUUUUGUAAAAAAAUUGGGCUCAAAACUAGUGUGAGUCUAUUGGAAUGGAGAUAGAGAAUGGAAUCUAACUAUCACAAGUAUAUGGUUUCAGAUUUCUAUUGUAUGGGGGAUUACCAGAGCUGUUUGUUCCUUGGUGGUGAUGGGUGUUUUUUUUUCUUUCUUGUAAUCAGCCUGUUUUUUUUUUAUGAGUCGGGACAGUUUCUCUGUGGUCCUUGCAAGGAGUUUGAUUAAAAAUAUCAUAUAUUUUAAAGAUAAUUUACAAUUCCUUGGUCUCACCUUCACUCACACACCUCACCUUCACUCACACACCCUCCAUUUUCUCAACCUCCAUUCCCCCUUACCCUCCAGUUUUCUGUAUUUUGAUGUUUCAAGAGAAACUGACGUAUGUAGUUAUUGUUUGGUGUGUGCUGCAGUAUGUUUGUUUUGCGGGAGAACGCUCCCCUUGCGCACAGUGCCUUUCACGAGGAGAGUCUCCGGACUUCUGUUGCCUCCGUUACUCUGUGCAUGAUUGUGAUGACGGUGAUAAUGAUAACGUUUUUAUUAAAGUCUGAAUAAAAUGCAUUUUAUUUUGUC